ACGUAUUAACAAAUGGGAAAUACAACUUCUUGAUGAGCCUCUAGGAAGGAAGAACAAGGUGGUGCGUUAUCAAAUAGUGACAAUUCGCAAUCAUUACAUAACGUUAUUGAAGAUACCAGGCAAGGUACAGAGUGCAAUAUUAGCCAGGAUGAAAACAAAAGUAAUACGCAAAAGACAAACCGCAGGAAAAAGAAGGAAAAACAAUUUAAGACUACUAUAAAACCCGCUUUAUCCUUAAAAAACAAGAAGAGCAAAAAGAGGAGGAGUAAAGAUGAAAAUUCUAAUUAAUCUUUCAAGCCCAAAACCUAUUGAACAAAUCUUUGCCAACAAAAAUCGAUAUGUACCUUGCUACACAGAGUCCCAAUCUUUUUCCUCGAUAGGGCUGAAUAGUUCUGAUGAUGUCACAAAGCAGUUUAUAGUUGACAUGAAGAACGCAAAAACUAAAAGAACUAGCUUAAAAUUGGUUCCUUCUAAAAGCUAUCAAAAAAUGAAGAGUUUGAACAAGAAUUAUGGUGAUGUAGGAUUCCAAAAUUAUAUAAAAUUUUGACACUCCUUAAAAAACAGCAAAGCAAAUAGGAGUAAAAUAACGAUUACAAACCAUAGCUUUUAGAAAUUUCACA